AUGCACAUGAUUGGUUGGUAUAGGCCGGGGGCUGGCGAGGCUGAGCCCGCCCAUAUUCUUAGUGCCUUCUUCGAGAAAAAACAAGGUAUACGUCUUGUUUUCUGUAGCCGUACAUUUCCGCCGGACUUGGCACAAGUAAAUGCCGUUUACUUGGUGACGUCUUCUGCGCUGGGGUUGUUUAAAUCUGCUGCUGACGGUCCGGAGUUCCAGCGUCCCCCUUACUGGGAAUUUGUAAUCGCCGAGGCUUUGGAUGUUGCAAUGCCCGAGAAGGUUUAUCAGAUAGCAUGGGCUGCUGGUCUGAGUAUAUGUAUCCUCACUGUCUGUCUAGGUUGUGAAAGCAUGGUAGCGAGGACCGUCAAGGACAUGCCUAGCAGCAAUAGUCAUAAUAAGUUACGUAAAUAUGGAAAUGGUCGUGUGAGCGGGAGGCCACGGCUACCUUACGUCAGUACGGCUCUAAAAUUGUCUGUAUGGACUUUCUAG